ACGAAAAGGAAAUUGUUAAGUUUAUCAAAAGUGUUGCCACACAGUGUCUCUCAGUGUGCGAAAAGAGUGAAAGAAUUUGUUGGCCUGGUUGGACUGGUCGACCAAGGAGGACAAAAAUUUGGUAACUUUUUUGUGGAUUAGCCGAUUUGCCAGUUGAAUUGAAUCUUGAUUAAGAACGAUGCUUGACUGAAUGUUGCUGGCUGCCUUGCAGGUCAAUGUGUGGCAAUGAUGAUGAUGAUGAAGUUGCUGCUGCCGAGACGAGGCUAAACUGCUGACAGCAAAGUGCAGGAGAAGUGCAUUUCCGCUACCUACCUACCUACCUACCAAACAAAACUACCUACAACAAAGCGAAACUAUCUUUCUACCUAACAAACAGCACGUAAAGAAACGGAGAAAGAGAGAGAGAGAAAGACAAUAAAGAGAGACAGCAAGUGAGAGAGACGCCACUCGCUACUCGUUACUCGUUGCAUUUUGUCUGCCCUCUGACCAGCUGGCUCGUAUCAGUUCUGUCACAACGUAUCUGGCGGUCACAACGGUCUGCAAAUUCGAAAAUAAAAACACGGGAAAAACGACCGCGUAGCGGUACGCCGCUUUAAACGUAUCGAAACAAAAGUGAAACGUUCAAUAACGAAGGAGGAGGAGAGGACGGUGAAAGGGGGAAUCCUUCUUUAUAUAAAUAUUGAUUCAAUUGUGAUUGCUAUUUGACAAAGUGGCGUCCGUAUACGCAUCCGAUACUUUCAAUUAGGCACGUUGCCUUUUAAAUGUGCCACAAUGGCAGUGCCGUGCAGGACGCCGCCGCCGCCGAUACCAACAAUGCCCCAUCGAACGCCGUUUUAUAGGCUAAUGCCUAGAGCCUUAAUCCUAUCCUUUCUGCUCCUGCUGACAUCGCCAUCGGUGUUUGUCAAGGCCGAACCUUAUGCCGGUGGCUUCGGCAGUGCCGCUGUCUCCAGCGGCGGACUUGGUUCCGUUGGCAUACAUAUACCCGGUGGUGGUGUGGGCGUAAUUACCGAAGCAAGAUGUCCUCGCGUCUGUUCCUGUAGUGGAUUAACCGUCGACUGUUCGCACCGAGGAUUAACCCAAGUGCCGCGCAAAAUAUCAGCGGAUGUGGAGAGACUCGAUUUGCAGGGCAAUAAUUUGACGGUGAUAUAUGAGACGGAUUUUCAACGUUUGACCAAGCUACGAAUGCUCCAACUAACGGAUAAUCAAAUUCACACCAUUGAAAAGAAUGCCCUACAAGAUUUGGUCUCCCUCGAACGAUUACGUCUAAACAACAAUCGAUUAAAGGCAAUACCUGAAAACUUUGUGACAAGUUCAGCGAGUCUUUUGCGAUUGGACAUUUCACACAAUCUGAUUGCAACGGUGGGACGAAGAGUCUUCAAGGGUGCUCAAUCUUUGCGCAGUUUGCAGUUGGACAAUAAUCAAAUCACUUGUAUGGAUGAACAUGCCUUCAAGGGGCUAGUGGAAUUGGAAAUACUGACACUGAACAACAACAACUUGACCGCUUUGCCGCACAAUGCCUUUGGGGGAUUGGGACGAUUGAGAGCGUUGCGGCUAUCGGACAAUCCAUUCGCCUGCGAUUGCCAUUUAUCCUGGCUGUCGCGCUACCUACGCAGUGCACCGCGCCUAGCUCCAUACACAAGAUGCCAGUCGCCAUCACAAUUGAAGGGCCAAAACGUGGCGGACCUGCACGAUCAGGAGUUCAAAUGUUCAGGCCUCACCGAGCAUGCGCCCAUGGAAUGUGGAGUGGAGAACAGUUGUCCACACCCAUGCCGAUGCGCGGAUGGCAUUGUUGAUUGCCGUGAGAAGAGUCUGACCAGUGUGCCCGUUACCCUGCCCGAUGAUACCACCGAACUACGCCUAGAGCAAAAUUUCAUCACGGAAUUGCCACCGAAAUCGUUUUCAAGCUUUCGACGUUUGCGACGCAUUGAUUUGUCCAACAACAAUAUAUCGCGUAUUGCCCAUGAUGCACUCAGUGGCCUAAAGCAGCUAACCACACUUGUGCUGUAUGGCAAUAAAAUAAAGGAUUUACCCUCGGGCGUAUUCAAAGGACUUAGCUCACUGCAGUUGCUGCUGUUGAACGCCAACGAGAUCUCGUGCAUACGCAAGGAUGCCUUCCGUGACCUGCAUAGCCUUAGUCUUCUAUCGCUGUACGACAACAACAUUCAGUCUUUGGCUAAUGGCACAUUCGACGCCAUGAAGAGCAUCAAAACGGUACAUUUGGCCAAGAAUCCUUUCAUUUGUGACUGCAAUCUACGCUGGCUGGCCGACUAUUUGCACAAAAAUCCCAUAGAGACAAGUGGAGCACGCUGUGAGUCACCGAAGCGGAUGCAUCGUCGUCGCAUUGAAUCGCUCCGCGAAGAGAAAUUUAAAUGCUCCUGGGAUGAAUUGCGAAUGAAGUUGUCCGGCGAAUGCCGCAUGGAUUCUGACUGCCCCUCAAUGUGCCAUUGCGAGGGCACCACCGUGGACUGUUCCGGUCGUGGCCUAAAGGAAAUACCACGCGACAUUCCCCUGCAUACCACUGAACUUUUGCUCAACGAUAACGAACUGGGUCGCAUCAAUUCGGAUGGCCUGUUUGGUCAUCUGCCGCAUUUGGUUAAAUUGGAAUUGAAGCGUAAUCAACUGACUGGCAUUGAACCGAAUGCCUUUGAGGGUGCCUCACGCAUACAGGAUCUGCAACUGGGUGAGAAUAAGAUUAAGGAAAUCUCCAAUAAAAUGUUCCUAGGACUCCAUCAGCUAAAGACACUCAAUCUGUAUGACAAUCAAAUCUCAUGCGUUAUGCCUGGCUCCUUUGAACAUCUCAAUUCACUGACAUCGCUAAACCUUGCAUCGAAUCCAUUCAAUUGUAAUUGUCAUUUGGCCUGGUUCGCCGAUUGGUUACGUAAAAAAUCAUUGAACGGUGGGACAGCACGUUGCGCUGCCCCAGCCAAGGUACGUGAUGUGCAAAUCAAGGAUCUGCCCCACAACGAAUUCAAAUGCAGCAGCGAGAAUAGCGAAGGAUGCCUGGGCGAUGGCUAUUGUCCGCCAUCGUGCACGUGCACCGGCACUGUGGUACGUUGCUCACGCAAUCAAUUGAAGGAAAUACCACGCGGCAUUCCAGCCGAAACAUCUGAAUUGUAUCUCGAAUCGAAUGAGAUUGAGCAAAUACACUACGAGCGUAUCCGACAUUUGAGGAGCUUAACCAGACUUGAUCUCAGCAAUAAUCAGAUCACCAUCCUAUCCAAUUACACUUUUGCCAAUCUGACCAAACUAUCCACACUCAUCAUUUCCUACAAUAAACUGCAGUGUCUGCAGCGUCAUGCGUUGUCUGGACUGAAUAACUUGCGCGUGCUCUCACUGCACGGCAAUCGCAUAUCAAUGCUGCCGGAAGGCUCCUUCGAGGAUCUCAAAUCGUUGACACACAUCGCACUUGGCAGUAAUCCUUUGUAUUGUGAUUGCUCAUUGAAAUGGUUCUCGGACUGGAUCAAGUUGGACUAUGUUGAGCCAGGCAUUGCUAGAUGUGCGGAACCGGAGCAAAUGAAGGAUAAGUUAAUUCUGUCGACCCCCUCAUCGAAUUUCGUAUGCCGGGGGAAGGUGAGAAAUGAGAUCUUGGCCAAAUGCAAUGCCUGCUAUGAGCAGCCGUGCCAGAAUAAGGCUCAAUGUGUCGCCCUGCCCGAGAGGGAAUAUCAGUGUCUGUGCCAGCCGGGUUAUCAUGGCAAACACUGUGAAUUCAUGAUCGAUGCCUGCUAUGGUAAUCCUUGCCGUAAUAAUGCCACCUGCACGGUGUUGGAGGAAGGACGUUUUAGUUGCCAAUGCGCCGCUGGCUACACUGGAGCUCGUUGUGAGACCAAUAUUGAUGAUUGUCUGGGCGAGACAAAGUGUCAGAACAAUGCCACCUGCAUUGAUGGGGUCCAGUCCUACACCUGCGAGUGUCAACCAGGAUUCACGGGUGAAUAUUGCGAUACGAAGAUUCAGUUCUGCAGUCAAGAGUUCAAUCCCUGCGCCAAUGGGGCCAAGUGUAUGGACCACUUCACGCAUUAUAGUUGCGAUUGCUUGGCCGGUUUCCAUGGCAUCAAUUGUACGGAUAAUAUUGAUGAUUGCCAGAAUCAUAUGUGCCAAAAUGGAGGCACCUGCAUCGACGGCAUCAAUGACUAUGUGUGCAAGUGUCCGGAUGACUUUACGGGCAAAUACUGUGAGGGCCACAACAUGAUCUCGAUGAUGUAUCCGCAGACCUCACCGUGCCAGAAUCAUGAGUGCAAACAUGGCGUUUGCUUUCAACCAAAUGCCGCUGGCUCGGAUUACCUGUGCAAGUGCCAUCCCGGUUACACGGGCAAAUGGUGUGAGUAUCUGACCAGCAUUAGUUUUGUCCAUAACAAUUCGUUUGUGGAACUGGAACCGCUGCGCACAAGGCCCGAGGCAAAUGUCACCAUUGUCUUUAGCAGUGCCGAACAGAAUGGCAUUUUGAUGUACAACGGACAGGAUGCCCAUUUGGCCGUGGAGCUAUUCAAUGGACGGAUACGGGUUAGCUACGAUGUGGGCAAUUAUCCAGUAUCGACCAUGUAUAGCUUCGAAAUGGUGGCCGAUGGCAAAUAUCAUGCCGUUGAGUUGAUUGCCAUUAAAAAGAACUUUACCCUGCGUGUGGAUCGCGGAUUGGCACGUUCCAUAAUCAAUGAGGGAUCAAUGGAUUAUCUCAAGUUAACUACACCCAUGUUCCUGGGCGGUCUGCCUGUGGAUCCUGCUCAACAGGCCUACAAAAAUUGGCAAAUCCGCAAUCUAACUAGUUUCAAGGGCUGCAUGAAAGAGGUCUGGAUCAAUCACAAACUGGUGGACUUUGGCAAUGCCCAGCGUCAGCAGAAGAUCACACCAGGUUGUGCUCUCCUCGAGGGCGAACAGGCCGAGGAAGAGGACGAUGAGCAGGACUUUAUGGACGAAACACCGCACAUCAAAGAGGAACCUGUUGAUCCCUGCCUGGAGAACAAAUGCCGUCGUGGCAGUCGCUGUGUACCCAACGCCAAUGCCAGGGAUGGCUAUCAAUGCAAAUGCAAACACGGCCAAAGAGGCCGCUACUGCGAUCAAGGUGAGGGCAACACAGAGCCCCCAACAAUCACUGCUGCCUCCACGUGUCGGAAGGAGCAGGUGCGUGAGUAUUACACAGAGAACGAUUGCCGUUCCAGGCAGCCGCUGAAAUAUGCCAAAUGCGUGGGCGGCUGUGGCAAUCAAUGCUGUGCAGCAAAGAUUGUCAGAAGGCGCAAGGUGCGCAUGGUGUGCAGCAAUAAUCGCAAGUACAUCAAGAACUUGGAUAUUGUGCGCAAAUGUGGAUGCAGCAAGAAAUGCUACUGACUGAAAGAUGCGACUACCCAAUUGCUCCAAACGACGAGCAAUAGCAGCUUAGAUGUUAGUUUAGGAACACAAUUAAAUUUAACUUUUAGUAGUAGUAGUAGUAGUAAUCAUAGUCUUAGUUUAAAGCAUAAUACUAGCCAAGGGGCGGAGGAGGAGGAGGAGGAGGAAGAGAGCUUAGCAGAGGGGGAUGGGGAUCAAGAUUAUCCUAUGGAACAAACCUACGAUGAUGAUGAUGAAUUAGAUGAUGAUGAUGAUGAUGAGGAUGAUGGGUUAGAUGAUAUAGAAGAUGAUGAGGAUGACGAGGAACCUGAACAACUUCCCAAUCCCAAGAGUUUAGUGGCAGAAGGAGCAAAGCAAGAGCAGGAAGAAGAGGAAGAGGACAUGGGCUAUGAUGAAGAUGACGAGAGAAUUGCUUUGGAACGACCACGUCUAGCCCCACGACCACAAUCCCACGAUGAAGAACACUUUGUCAAUGAGGAGGGCAGUGGUUUUGGGGGCCCGAUCCGUUCUCGUUUUCGACCCAGUUCCAGUUAUCGUCAGAGCCAAUUGGAGAAUAUACGCAAAAAGUUGCUGACCGAAAGUCAAGCCGCACCGGCGGUGGCCGUGCCGAGCACUGCGAUUGAUCUGCGCGAGAGCAGCGGCCAUUUUGCUAACGAUGAUGAGGAUGGCGAGGAGGACAACGAUGACGGUGUCGAUGAUGAGUUUGCUGACACUGGCGAUGGAGGUAACGCUGGCUUCUUUGGCUCCAGUUCCGCACAGCGUAAGAAUUCGAAUCAUUAUUUCCGUAAGAAUGCCAAUGAUGCCAUCAAGAUAAUAUCAACGCCCUUGGGCAAAGUGAGCAUUGUGUAUGAGCAAACGGAUAAGGGCUCGGAGAAGGAGCAAACGGAACAACAGAAGAAGCCAACGUUAACCGAUUUCGAUGCCUUGUCACCGGAUCCAGAGAGCAGUCAUCGUUUUCCAUCGCCACAUCCAAAGAUUACGCCUGUUUUAACACCCGAUGGCAAGGUGGCGCUGCUUUAUCGUGGAGAUUCGGAGAGUUCCAAGUACGAGCCGAUUAGAAAUCUGACACACAAAUUUACAGGGAAACAAAAACCAGAGCAAUCAAAGACCGCGGAUAGCGCAUCUUCAGAUGAUUCAUCAUCAUCGGAUGAUUCCAUCUACACAGAUAGUGAGGACAAUGAAGAGCGUGGUGCAGGUGGAGGCGGAGGAGCAUCAGGUGGUGGUGGUGGUGAGGAUAGUUCAUCGAAUGUGGUUACCACACCAAAACCGGCACAGCCGGAAAUCCUAGAGCCACCGGCCCAUGCCCAACCAGGUGGUUCAUUCAUAAUACGCCCCACCUCGGACUCCUUGCUGCCGAUGAUCAAUCGUCCGUUGUCCGAGGUGUUGGGCAUCAAGAAGAAUCAGUUCCAGGAGACACGUGUGCGUGAUCAAUUGCCACCCACAACGGGUGGUGGUGGAUUAGGAGGAGAGGCGGCAACACCACGCUCCCUG